AUGACGCACGCCGCGCGUUUCCGGCCUGAGAAACCGUGGCGUUUCUGAGGAGACGCCUCAGCUGGCACAUACCAGCUAGAAGCCUGGUGACCGGCCGCCUCCAUCGUCGGCGUCACCAUGGGGGCUGUGCUGGGCGUCUUCUCCCUCGCCAGCUGGGUUCCGUGCCUUUGCAGUGGUGCCUCUUGUUUGCUGUGUAGUUGCUGUCCCAACAGUAAGAAUUCCACUGUGACUCGCCUCAUCUACGCUUUCAUUCUCCUCCUGGGCACUGUUGUCUCCUGUAUCAUGCUGUCGGGCGGGAUGGAAAGUCAGCUGAAGAAGAUUCCUGGAUUCUGUGAAGGGGGAUUUAAAAUCAAGGUGGCUGAUAUAAUGGCAGAUAAAGAUUGUGAUGUGCUGGUCGGUUAUAAAGCUGUGUAUCGGAUCAACUUUGCCUUGGCCGUCUUUUUCUUUGUCUUCUUUCUGCUCAUGUUAAAAGUGAAAACAAGUAAAGAUCCCAGAGCAGCAGUACACAAUGGGUUUUGGUUCUUCAAAAUUGCAGCCAUUGUCGGUAUCAUGGUUGGAUCUUUCUAUAUCCCUGGGGGCCAUUUCACCACAGCCUGGUUUGCUAUUGGCAUGGGAGGGGCCUUCUUCUUUAUCCUCAUCCAGCUCGUGCUGUUGGUAGACUUUGCUCACUCUUGGAAUGAAUCAUGGGUAAAUCGAAUGGAAGAAGGAAACCCAAGGUUCUGGUAUGCUGCUUUACUGUCCCUCACAAGCUGCUUCUAUAUCUUGUCAAUCGUCUUUGUCGGGCUGCUCUACACCUACUACACCAGACCAGAUGGCUGCACAGAAAACAAGUUCUUCAUCAGUAUUAAUCUGAUCCUUUGUGUUGUGGUUUCUAUUAUAUCAAUCCAUCCAAAGGUUCAGGAACACCAGCCUCGUUCUGGCCUCCUGCAGUCUUCCAUCAUCACCCUCUACACCAUGUACCUCACGUGGUCAGCCAUGUCCAAUGAACCUGAUCGUUCCUGCAACCCUACCCUGUGGAGCAUUAUUACACACAUGACUGCGCCAACCUUGGCUCCUGGAAAUUCAACUGCUCCAGUCCCUACCUCUACUCCGCCAUCAAAGAGUGGGCAUUUUCUGGAUACAGAUAAUUUUAUUGGGCUGAUAGUCUUUGUUCUCUGCCUUUUGUAUUCUAGCAUCCGCAAUUCUACCAAUAGCCAAGUAAGUAAGCUAACCCUGUCAGGAAGUGACAGUGUGAUCCUCGGUGAUGCGACCACCAGUGGUGCCGGUGAUGAAGAAGACGGGCAGCCUCGGCGGGUUGUGGACAACGAGAAAGAGGGAGUGCAGUACAGUUACUCCUUCUUCCACUUCAUGCUCUGCUUGGCUUCCUUGUACAUCAUGAUGACCCUGACCAGCUGGUACAGCCCUGAUGCCAAGUUCCAGAGCAUGACCAGCAAGUGGCCAGCUGUGUGGGUCAAGAUCAGCUCCAGCUGGGUCUGUCUCCUCCUUUACGUCUGGACUCUUGUGGCUCCACUUGUCCUCACCAAUCGAGACUUCAGCUAAACCUCUGAGUGCCAAGGACACCACUGAAAUCCAUAAAGGUCUCCUUUGCUCCAAGUCCAUAUCCCUUUUGCUUCAACUAAAAUAUUAAGUGAAUGCUUUGCAAAUUUUACUGUAUUUGGAUUUAUAGCAGAGGGCAAGAUUGAAUAAUGCGUAAUGCAGGAUCUGAACUUUUCAGUUAUAUAUAUAUAUUAUGUUUAUUUGUAAGGAUAUAGCACAAGGAAAUGUUUUUGCAUUUUAAAGUGAACUGCAGCUGUGCUGUGAAGAGAGUUCUUUAUUAAGACCUGUAGGUUCCUAAACUCUGAUUUAAAAUGUAAGGUAGAAAGAUGUUGGAUAUUUGAGGCAAUUGUUAAUAUAUUUCUAUUGCAGUGUCCUUAAAAAAGCAAAAAUAAUAAUAAUGAUGAUGCAUUUCUAUGACAGUUUUCCUCUGUGAAAGUCUUAUUUGUGUGAUACAAGCACUAUUGAGUCCUUAACCUCUUACGAGGUGUGGCCUCACAGUCCGUGGGGGAAGGAGUAUGUGUGCGAGAUCCCCCAGAAGAGAGGUUGCUGAUACAGCUGCUGCUUCUACAUCUUGCGUUUUUUCAUUUACUUUUUUUACAGUACAGCAUUGAUGCUGCUUAAUUCAAGUCUGUGGCUUUGCCGAAAAUGUUAAUUUCCAUAAAUGCUUUGUAGGUUUGGUUAAAAAGAAGAUUCACUUGGGAAAACAGUGCACCUUUAGUCUAUGUCAUUAUCUUGUUAUGAGUAUGUAAAAGUAAAAUGCAUGUGAAUUUAUUAUAUUUGCACUAUAAAGGUAUUUGAUUAAAAUAGAAAGACUUAAGCUUUCAAGGCCCUUUCUUUAACAGCUUUUAUGAGUUAGCACCCAUUCUGUAUUUUUUGGACUUACAUGGGCAGUGAGGUUUAUCAAGCAUCUAGCAGAAUGCGCCUGUUCCUUCUAAAACUUAAGGUCUGACUGGUAAGAAAAGUCUUGAAAGCAUUCACAUAUUGUACUCAGUAUCUUCUCUGGAUAAGACACUUGGGUAGAUGAGACACAAGGCAGGCACUGUCAGGAAACUUCUUGACAAGAGGUAGCACGCAGGGAGGUAGACUAGGUCAGUUUAUUCUUUCAACAAAGAUUUCCUGAGUGUCUGUUCUGUACCAGCCCCCGUGAAGUUCUGGGACACAACUUUAAACAUGACAGGCACUGGCUCUGCCAUGUUGGACUUAAGGAGGGUGAAAAUGAGCUGACAGAUGGUACGGUUGGUAUAAUUUGCGCUAUGAUGUAGGAAUUGCAGAGAACUCCAAGGAGAGUUGCCUGGGGGUGGGGAAGGGGGUGUCUUGGUAGGCUUCCUGGGAAAAGUGAAAUGUUAGGAGUUAGCUAAGAGAGAAAUGGGGAAGUGGGAUGGUACUGCUGAAGGGUAGACAAAACUGUAAAUUAAAGGCAGGGAGCUUACAAAAAUAACUUGUUCAGUAAAGCUGGAAUGGGGAAAAGUGGGCAGGGACUAGGUUAUGAAGGGCUUUGUGAACCACACUAAAGGAUUUGGACCUUAUGUUAAGGGCAGCAGGGAACAUAUUUAGUGACAUGAACAAAUAGUAUCUUUAGUCACUGUGGCUGAUACAUAGAGAAUGGAUUUAGAGAGAUGAGACCGGGGCAGUCCAUAUAAGAUUUGAAACAAAGAAGUGAAAGAGAGGAUGGGGGAAAAUUGACAGCUGAGAGGUACUUGGUAAUUCAAGUUGGCAAUUGUUUAGUUAUGGGGGAGAGAGAGAUUCCUGAGUGAGGCUGGUUUAAUCACCUGGGAGGAUGGUGGUUCCAUCUAUUAGGUGAGAGAAAGAGGAACACUUUGUGUUAGAAGAAGGAUGGAAAUGGUCCCUUAAGAAAGUUUAAGAGUCAUUUUCUAUCAGCCAACCUGGUCAGCUAAUAUUUAUUGAGUACAUACUAUAUAUACUUUAUGUCCUUGGGUAAAUGAUUACCUCUCUGAGCCUCAGUGUUUUCUUCGUUUCAACAAAAGAUAGUACCUCAUUCAUAAGAUUGUUUAGAGAGUUAAGUUACUUUGCAAAGUGCUUUUAGCCCAUUUUAAGCAUUCUGGUUGUAGCUGCUAAUCUCAGUAUGAGCUAAAAUGAGAGUAGACAGUAUUCCAAAGUCAGAGAUGUUCAGCCACAAUCUGAUGGAGGCUAGAUUUGAAGUGUUCUUACAGAAUUUAACAGAUGGAACAUAGAGGCGACAAGCUCAGCUUAGGCAGAGGUGGAGGGUAGGGAAGCAGGGCUUGAUAUGAAUUGUUGGAACCACCAUCUUUUAAACCAGCGGUUUAUGUCAGGGUACAGAGAUAAAGUUGCAAGGGAUUUGGGGGGCUGAUAGGGGCGAUUUAGCCCUUUCCUUUGCCAGAGUAAACACUGCAUUUUCCUUAAUAGUGGGGCCAGCCAGAUUAAGACCUUUAAAGGUUCUGCAUUUCAAAAACAUUACAAUGCGCCAUCCCCAAUCUUAUGUAAUUCUAAAUAAAAGCAAUACUAAACUGUAAAAUAAGUGUAACAAAGUCCAAUAAAGUUUUUAUUUUUUCUCAUGAUAA